UAUCAUCCCUUCCCCUUUAUAUCUACCUUUGACGAAUUUACGACCCUUAAUAAAGCAUAAAUCAACGACACAUUUAUUUCACGAGUAGCGAGAGCGACAACUUACGAAAAGACAAUCUCGCGAACAGAAUAACGUAAAACGCAUUUUACCCGGUUACCGGAUCGUCCGUCGGCUGCUACGAUCCAUCCCCCCACGCACAUCGAUUGUUGCCAAGCCACGUCCAAUACGCUUUAUAAUUAUUUCGACUGCCACCUAUCUCUUAUUGCGCUAUCUUACGAGCUCCUCAUACCGAGCCGCUUGAGACGGUUCACAUUAAUAGAUUCACAUCUGCGAUUUAAGGACGACCUUUGCGCGUCCUCGCGAGUUAGAAUUUAAAGCUUUGGUGGGGAAGAGAUCGGAUCUGAGAUAAGAUCUUUUAUAGAAUAAGGGAGGAAGAUAAGAGAGGGCUUUUGCUGAAGUCCAAACAGCAUUGGUAUCCCUUGGAAAUUACGCAAAUACAGAGUAGUCGCGAAACCUCAGUGGGAGAGCCAGCUGGGAGUAGAAUCCAGAAAAUAGAUUGUGGAGCGUGAGAAUAAGAACUUGAGAAGAGCGUUGUCUCGCUUGACAUCUUGGUGCGUUUGCAAUGCCACUUCCCGUAGAACGUUCCCAAGGCAGCGUUUCUGCGUUAGUAGCAAGGUUCCAAACAGCCGCGAAUAGGGAGAAAGAGGCGAGCGAACGUGAGAAGGACAAGGACAAGGGGAGAGUCAGCUUAGGAGAAGGACGAAGGGUUAGCGACGCCCUCGCGGCGCAGGAAGGAGUCAGCAAUGCGGACUCGUCAUCACAGCCUACAGCAAGCGCCAACACCAAAACAGUUCCUAUUGAGAGCAGCGGUGAGAAAGAUACCACAAAGGGGAAUGCACCCGAGACUCAGUCACACUCUCUACCGCAUGUUUCUUCCAUUGCUACUUCUCAAAACCGAAACGAUACUGCCCGUGUAUCACCCUCUGCACCUUCUACUACCCCCGCAAAAUCUACUUCUGUCAGUAGUACCAAAUCUUCUAUCGGUCGUACUUCAUCUAUAAAAGCGCACACUCCCACUCCUGCUCAAGCCCAAAAUCGGAGUAAAGCGAAUAAACCCCGUACGGUUAGUACUCAACACAACGCCAAGCAAGUGACUGUUUCCCCCUCACCAUCUACCGGUACUUCUCCGCGUUCUACCGCCGCGAACGACAAUACUUGUACCACGACGCCACUUAAGCCGCAGUUGACUGGUACCCCGUCGAAACCAACAGCCAGCUCCCUGGCCAAAACACGUUCUCCACCAUCUUCCCGCCCGCCUAACAGCACGAGUAUGCGUUCCCCGCCUCCGAUAGACGAUCCUACAGCAACAGGCACAGAGAGAAGGAGCUCAAGCUCGUCGGGGAGGCGAGACAGUGUCAAGUCACCCUUGUCCUCGUCAGGAUCAUUGAUGGGGAGGUCGUCCCUCGGGAGAGCAGCUAGUGCUCGCCUGUCCCAGACCAAGUCUCCCGAGGUAACGCCUCUUGGUGAGGAUGGGGUUGGGUCGCCGAAGGCGCAGCCGCAGGAGAAGAAUAAGGAUGGCACGAGUGCAAACGGGUCGAUAAGGAGAGCAUCAGGCUCGAGACUGAUGCAGGGUACGGCUGCUAGUAGGGCUAGAGCGGCUGCCAAUGCCAACGCCCACUCUUCUUCGAUCUCUUCCAACUCUCAUGUCCCGAUCUCGAGCACGUCUUCCCCUGCUUCUACAAACGUCGUCCGACCUCGAGCAUCCAUCUCUACACCCGUAUCGAACAGCAAGAAGCCAACGUCCAGUGGAAACGAUAAAAACAAUGGUAAACGUCUCACUCCCAAGUCAAACUCGAAAGAUGCCCCAACCCGGCGACCGAACGUUAGCUCUGUCGCAAAGGAAGGGGAGGAGAAUCCUGCAAUGAAGCCCGUAGGAAGGAACCCCGUGGGGAGGCUUGGCUUGGCUGCUGCAAGGGAAAAGAAAGGUGAGAACGAAGACGAGAUUCAAGCUCCUCAUCCUCCGCCAAUUGGGAAAUUAGGAUUACCGGCUGCUAGGGAGAAAACCGGAACGGCAGAGGGGAAACAGAGAAGAAGCAAUAUCGUUAAACCUUCCGAGCAACAAACUCAUCACGUGGAAGCCGAGCUUGAGCAUGAGCAGGAGGCUGAAUCGGAAGCUGUAGUUGGCGAAGAGGAAAAACAGAAAAACGACGAAAUAAUGUCGGAGCCAGCUGCAGAGGCGGAGGAGGAGCUCGAGGAGAAGGAUGGGCAGGUUGAUGUAGGACUUGGCGCUGGCGCCGGUCCGAGCUCGUUCUCCACUAUUGGCAUGAGGCCAGAAGGCGUUCAGACGAGGCCGGAUGAAGUAGAAGAUGGCGAAGAGACAAAAUGUGCUGGGGAACCUACCGAACCACUUGAGUUGGCGGCAGAAGAGGACAAUAGCCGACAAACCAAAGGGAUCAAUGAAGCCAAUGAAGCCAACGAAGCCAACGAAACGAAUGACAGAGACGAUAGCGAAGGCGAGAAAGAGAGGGAGUAAAUCUAGAGGAAAUUCCUGAUGUUUGAAAUGGAAUUUUACGGAAGGGCACUUUCAGGAAAUGAAUGUAUAUCACAUUUUGAGUUUUGUGGGGUUACGGGCGAGAGGC